UAUAUAGUGUCGAUAGCCGACUAGCGUUGUUCCCCUGUACACGACCGUUCGGCUGUCGCUUCCGACUUGCCGUCAGUCAGUAUCGUCGGUGCAACUACACGUUACCGGUUCGGCCAUUAUUUGCGGCACAGCCGAAAAUGACGUGGUCAGUUUUAGCCAUUCUCGCAAUUGUGGCCGCAGCUUCUUGCGACUCGAUUGUUAACACACAUAAAGGUUAUUUGAAGGGAAAGACCUUAACAUCUAGAGAAGGUCGUGCGUUUUAUUCGUACACUGGUAUACCUUACGCCAAACCGCCUGUUGGAGAUCUUCGAUUUAAGUCUCCCGAACCGGUAGACCCGUGGAAUUUUACUUUGGACGCUACUAAGGAGAGCACAAUAUGCAUUCAAAAGAACCAUUUUAUCGAAUCGAUCAAACACUUUUUGCUCGGCGAAGAAGACUGUCUGCACUUAAAUGUGUUUACGCCAGAUUUAAGUGGGAAAUUGCCAGUCAUGGUUUGGAUACACGGCGGUGGAUUUGCAGCCGGUCAUAGCGGAACCAGUCUUUACGGUCCGGAAUAUUUCAUGGACAAAGACGUAGUGUUCGUGUCUUUCAAUUAUCGACUCGGGCUAUUGGGAUUUCUCAGCACCGAAGAUGAAGCGAUUCCCGGCAAUUUCGGCUUAAAGGACCAAGUAAUGGCUCUGCGUUGGGUGCAGGAGAACAUCGCCGACUUUGGAGGAGACCCAACUAGCGUGACAAUAUUUGGUGAAAGUGCUGGUGGAGCCAGCACUGGAUACCACUUGUUAUCGCCAAUGAGCAAAGGUCUUUUCCACAAGGCCAUUCUACAGAGUGGUGUCCCACUUUGUAGGUGGGCAACGUCCGUACCGGGCUUAGCGCGAAAACGAGCCGAAGCUGUAGCUACUAUGGCCGGAUGUCUUUUUAGCAGUUCCGAAGAUAUAUUAAAAUGUCUAAAAGCCCUUCCGGCUAAUACGUUCGGAGAUCUUUACCAGAAGUUUUUCGAAUGGGAUAUUCAUCCAUGCAUAGUUUUCAAUCCGGUAGUCGAGUCGUGUAAUUCUGACGAGGCUUUCCUAUGUCGCCAUCCGUUGACCGAUUUCAAACAAGAAUCACACGUACCGACAAUUAUAGGCAUUAAUUCGGGAGAAGGCGGAAUUUUUAUAUCAUCGUGGUACAACAGCACGUCGCUUAUGUAUCCGGAACUGCAGACAGAUUUCAAUAGGCUAAUGCCGAGUAUUUUGGCGUACAAACACUUUGCAAAGCCCGAGCAUUUAGACAAAAUCAGCGAAACCGUGCUCAAACAUUAUAUGCCGGCUGGUCGCCUAGACGAUCAUUCCUAUUUAAAUGCGGUCGAUAUGGUCGGUGAUGGUACGUUCGUUUCGGCUGUCAUAGACAUGUCGUUGAAGUUGUCGUCGCCCGUUUACUUGUAUCUUUUUGAUUACCAAAACCAGUUUUCGUUCAAUCGGCUGUACGGCAAGUGCGACAAAUCGCUUGGCGUCACCCACGGCGACGAGAUGAUUAAUUUGUUCAAAAUGCCCGAAGUGUUGCCGAAAGGGUUGAACGACCGAGACACGGAGAUCUCCAAGUUGAUGAUCAACAUUUGGACAAAAUUCGCCAAAUCCGGGAAUCCCACCGUCGACGGGGAAGAUGACGGCCCGGCUUGGCCGCAGUUCACUUCGCUAGAACAUUCGUUAUUGCUGCACGUCAACUCGCCGAAACCGACCACGAAGCAGAAUCCUUUUGUAGAGAAAUAUCGUUUUUGGAAGGAAUUGCCACUACUGUCACAUCUGGAUCACGUGAUGUCGCAAAAACAGUUUAGUAUGUCUCAAAGUUCGAAAAACGAACUAUAGUCGUUAGAAUUGUUUUGUUUUAAAUACAUGAUUACAUAAAAUGGACCUAAAUGCAAUGUAUUCGUUCAGUUAAUUUUAUCUUUUGUAAUAAUGUUUUACUUGUGCUCAUUAUUUUUAUUACAUAUUCGUUGCAUAAAAUAAGUCAAUUUCGA